AUGUCUAACGAGUGGACCAACUCCGUCUGGGGCUGCUUCAGCCCCAUCGAGACCUGCUUCAUGAGCUGGUGCUGCCCCUGCAUGGUCUACGGCAAACAAUCCGAGCGCCUUCAGGAUCCCGCUUUGAAAAAUGGGAGCAAUGUUAACGGCGAUUGCUGUCUCUUCGUCCUCGCCAACUGCUGUGGUUUGGCUUGGGUCCUUUCGAUGAUGAAGCGGCGCGACAUGCGUGAGAAAUUCGGCAUCAAAGGCUCUGUGGGCGAGGACUGCAUUCUCUCCUGCUGCUGCCCGUGCUGCGUACUCGUUCAGCAAGAGAAGGAACUCGAUGCUCAGGCUAGCCGGUUUCAAUCCGCGACUGGGUACCAGGCACCGACGUCUAUGGCGUACACGCCCGCCUGA